UCCUGUAGCUUUUUACCUGUGCCUACUCAGCUAUCUCAGGAUCAACUUGAAGCUGAAGAAAGGGCAAGAUCUCAGAGAUCACUGCAGACCUCUCUGGAUUUGUCUGGAAAGGAACCUCCCUCAUAUUGAUACAGGAAAGGCUGGAUUCCACGGUUGCCGGAGGAUUUUGGAGAUGGAGGUGCUUUUUCUGAAAUCCAUGUGGCCCAGUUUACUCUGGAUAUGGGGCAAAAGAAAAAAAAAUCCAAAGAUCUGCCCAUUCAUUUGGAUCAGGAAGGGAAAAUUAAAUAUGACACAAUUGCUGGACAGGGACACUCCAAAGACAAGGUCAUUUAUAGCAAAUAUACUGACCUUGUUCCAAAGGAGGUUAUGAAUCCAGAUGACCCAGAACUGCAAAGGCCUGAUGAAGAGAUGAGUAAAGAAAUAACAGAAAGUACAAGAGCAGCCUUGGAGAAGAUAGUAUCAAGGAAGGUUACUGCGGCCAUGCCAGUUCAUGCAGCUGACAAACUGGCGCCUGCUGCUCAGUAUAACCAGUACACUCCAUCUCAGCAAGGAUAAGCAUUCGAUUCUGGAGUGAAACCGAGGGUGAUUCGCAUGGUAGGAGUGCAGAAAGCCCCAAUGGAGCCUCCAAGAUUCAAGAUUAAUAAGAAAUGUCCUCGGGGACCACCAUCUCCUCCUACAUCUGUAAUGUACUCUUCUUCUGGGAAGAGGACUGUGAAGGAACAGCAGGAGUGGAAAAUCCCUCUUUGUAUUUCCAACUGCAAGAACUCUAAGGGGAUUAUUGUCACACUGUCUCUUAGGACUGUUCCUGGGGAUUGCUCAGGAAGGAAUUGCAGCCUGUGGACAUUCCUUGAAGCUUUAGCUCCUCAUUCCAUUCAGUUUGAAUCUGCUUGGGCACUCACCAACAUUGCUUCUGGAACAUCUGAGCAGACCAAAGCUGUGGUAGACGGAGGUGCUAUCCCAGCAUUCAUCUCUCUCUUGGCAUCUCCCCAUGCUCACAUCAGCGAGCAAGCUGUAUGGGCUCUUGGAAACAUUGCAGGUGAUGGUUCAGUUUUUCGAGACUUAGUUAUCAAACAUGGUGCAAUUGACCCACUGUUGGCACUUCUUGCAGUUCCUGAUCUGUUAUCCUUGGCAUGUGGUUACUUAUGGAAUCUUACCUGGACACUCUCAAACCUUUGUCGAAACAAGAAUCCUGCGCCCCCCUUAGAUGCUGUCGAGCUGAUUCUUCCUACGUUAGUUCGGCUUCUGCACCACAAUGAUCCAGAAGUACUAGCAGAUUCCUGCUGGGCUAUUUCCUACCUGACUGAUGGUCCAAAUGAGCGGAUUGAGAUGGUUGUGAAGAAGGGAGUUGUUCCCCAACUUGUGAAGCUUCUGGGAGCUACUGAAUUGCCCAUUGCAGAUUUUAAGACACAGAAGGAGGCCGCGUGGGCUAUAACCAACUAUACCAGUGGUGGGACUGUUGAACAGAUUGUGUAUCUCGUUCAUUGUGGGAUAAUAGAACCUUUGAUGAACUUCUUGAGUGCAAAAGAUACCAAGGUUAUUCAGGUUAUUCUUGAUGCCAUUUCAAAUAUCUUUCAGGCUGCCGAGAAACUAGGUGAGACAGAAAAACUCAGUAUAAUGAUUGAAGAGUGUGGAGGCUUGGAUAAAAUUGAGGCACUACAGAGCCAUGAAAACGAGUCUUUAUACAAGGCCUCAUUAAACUUAAUUGAGAAGUACUUCUCAGUGGAGGAAGAGGAAGAUCAAAAUGGGGUGCCAGAAACUACCUCUGAAGGCUUCGCCUUCCAAGAUCAGGCCUGGAGGGCUGGCAAAGAUAUGGCUCAGAGUAUCUACAGGCCCAGUAAAAGUCUGGACAAGGACAAGGAUGUGUAUGGUGAUGACCUCGAAACCAGGAUAAAGACCAACAGAUUUGUUCCUGAUAAGGAGUUUUCUGGUACAGACCAUAGACAGAGGGGCCGAGAAGGACCAGUUCAGUUUGAGGAAGAUCGUUUUGGUUUGGACAAGUUUUUGGAAGAAGGAAAACAGCACCAUGGCUCUAAAAGAUGCUCUGAUAGCAGUCACUCCAAGGAACAUGAGCGUGAAGGCAAGAAGCAGAGGAAGCAGUAG